GUAAGGAAAACGCCGAGUGGGAGGACAAAACUGAAGAAGGAAGAUGGGUCCUACUCAGAUUUGCUCCAGUUGACCAGGUUGGCAUCCAGGUCCUGGGCAGAGCGCAGGCAUGGCUUGGUGGCUUCCUUGGAUUUGCUUCACUGCGUGCCUCCACAAGGUGCUGGCGGACGACCCCGCCGCCGACGAGGGCGACCUCUACUCGGAGAACAUCUCCCGGAUCCUAGACAAGCUCCUGGACGGCUACGACAACCGGCUGCGACCCGGGUUCGGCGGCAGGGGCAGCCCAGGAGCCGUGACGGAAGUCAAGACAGACAUUUACGUGACCAGCUUUGGUCCUGUGUCAGAUGUAGAAAUGGAAUACACCAUGGAUGUUUUCUUUCGGCAAAUGUGGAUUGAUGAGAGGUUGAAAUUUGGUGGGCCCACUGAAAUUCUGAGAUUGAACAAUUUAAUGGUCAGUAAAAUAUGGACACCAGACACCUUUUUUAGAAACGGGAAGAAGUCAAUUGCUCAUAAUAUGACAACUCCAAACAAACUUUUCAGGAUAAUGCAGAACGGCACCAUCCUCUAUACCAUGAGACUUACCAUUAAUGCUGACUGUCCUAUGCGUCUGGUAAACUUCCCUAUGGAUGGACAUGCUUGUCCCCUGAAGUUUGGGAGCUACGCCUAUCCUAAAAGUGAGAUUAUUUACACCUGGAAAAAAGGACCAUUGUAUUCGGUGGAAAUUCCACAAGAAUCUUCCAGUCUUCUCCAGUAUGAUCUUAUAGGGCAAACAGUCUCUAGUGAAACGAUAAAAUCCAAUACAGGUGAAUACGUAAUAAUGACUGUUUAUUUCCACUUACAAAGGAAGAUGGGCUACUUCAUGAUUCAGAUAUAUACUCCCUGCAUCAUGACAGUCAUCCUCUCUCAGGUGUCUUUCUGGAUUAAUAAGGAGUCUGUUCCAGCUAGGACAGUUUUUGGCGAGUAUUCACUUCAGGUACUCUAUUUUCAUCUGCAAAGGAAAAUAGGCUACUAUCUCAUUCAGACAUACAUCCCCUGCAUUAUGACUGUAAUCCUGUCCCAAGUUGUGUUUUGGAUCAACAAAGAAGCUGUCCCAGCAAGAACUGUGGCUGGGAUCACCACUGUCCUCACAAUGACUACGUUGAGCAUCAGCGCCCGCCACUCUUUGCCCAAGGUGUCUUAUGCUACUGCCAUGGAUUGGUUCAUUGCUGUGUGCUUUGCCUUUGUCUUCUCUGCACUUAUCGAGUUUGCAGCUGUCAACUACUUUACCAAUCUUCAGACUCAGAGAGCAAUGAAGAAGGCAGCCAGGGCAGCCGCACUAGCAGCCGCGCUCUCAGCAGCUACCGUACCGGCGGAGGACGAGAUAGUCUCGCACUCCGACUCCAACUGCAACUUGAAGAAACGAGUCAACUCUAUGACAUCUCAAACAGAUCAGUCCCUUGAAACAAGCAUGUUGUCCAAUAGUGCAUCUCAAAGUCAACAGACAUCUGUUACUACGCCGCCGCCACCACCGCCACCACCACUAAUUGGAGGCACGAGUAAAAUAGAUCAGUACUCCAGGAUCCUCUUUCCAGUGGCAUUUGCAGGAUUCAACCUGGUAUACUGGGUGGUUUACCUUUCAAAGGACACUAUGGAAUUUUUUGAACCUACUGCCAUGCAUCUUCGAAAUGACCAUCAAACCAACUGAUGGCUGCAAACUCAGGUGUGACAAAGGACCAAAAGACUAAGUGACUGGUUCUAAAGACAAUUGUGGGGCUCUGGUCACUGAAUGUAAAAUACUUCAGUGUUUGAAGACAUCACUAUGAACUCUUGGCACACAGACGGCACAAUCCAUGUAAAGUAUGUACCCCAUGGAGGGUGAUCACUGGAACAAGUCCUUCUAUUGAUUCCCUACGUGUUUUAGCUCGUUUGCUAAAUAGCUCAGGGCUGAAGCUUGGGCUUAAUUAUUUACUUAUGCUCAAAUUCUUGCUCCCUACAAGGUGCUGUUCUAGGCCAUGUAUCAAAUUGCAUAGCAUGGUGGUGGAAUAAUACUGGCACAAAAAUCAGGGUGAGAGGCUGCCACUUAACCAAAAAAUUCAGAUCAGCCCACUUGUAAUUAAGCUGACCUAUAACCUGAUUCUAUGAGCACUUACUCAUGAGUAAGUCCUGCAGAAUUUAGUGAGGCUUACUCCCUGGUAA